ACACACACAUGCACACAUGCACAGGCUCCACUACACCACCACUCACGCAUAGGGCACUGCGACCCACCGGCGAAUAGUCAAGGACAGGACGUGAGUGUGUGUGUGUGUGUCUGGUGGGGGGAGAUCUAGCUCACACACACACUGAUACAUAGAGACAUAAAGAAAGAGAGAGAGAGAGAAAGAAAGAGAGGGGGGGCCUCUUCAUCAUUCUGCCGGCUUGGAAUGACGCUCAGCCCCCCUACAGGACUACACCGGACCGGGUGACUCUGGGGUUCUUCAUACAGAAGCACGGAAACAGGCUACAGCAGGUACCGGCAUUGCUCUGGUAAUCGCAGCGUUUCAGCCCCUGCGCUUCUCUGCUGUCCAUUCGCGACUCUUUCGCGCGAUGCAAACAGAAGCCGAUACGCGCCGCCUUCCCCCAUGACCCAGUUUGUCCCAGAACUGAGCCCUGCAGAGAUGCCGCUCAGCCCAGGCUCCCGGUGAGGCGAUGCUGAUCGAGCUCCAUCUAACCGAGGAAGCCCCACCGGCUCCGUUUCUGCUGCACGCGACACAGGACACUACACGGAUCGUUUUCACCACGUUCAAGAGGUUACCGGAUCCUCCGGUUCAUUUAAACGCACCGUGCACAGGAGAAGCUCGUGUAGCCUAACGCAAAGGAAACACGAGACACGAGCCAACAGCCUAGUGGCCGGGCAGAGUCAACUCGACAUUCAUAGAUAUAGAUAAGGCACUCAUCUGCACUGGAGAGAUAAAAAUAUAACCCCUUGUUGUCAUUGAAAGGGGGAACAGAAACGCAGAGGGCGGGGGAAAAACCUUGUGGACCUUGUGGACGUUGACCUUUGGUUCCUUUAAACCCGGAGAACCCACAGCGAAAGAGACCCAGCAGCUUCUGUGCUGCUGCAUUCAUGCAGGCUUAGGAAUGUUAGUGGCACAAAGCAACCAAAUCUGAUCCAAUGGAUUAUACCUUUGCUGCACGUCAAGGGGCAUUUUUGAUGGAUUAAUUUGAUGGAUUAAUCGCCUGGCAACCUCCUGAACUUGAGUAGGAUUUAUAUUUUUCUCUGACAACUACUAUUGAAAGAUUGAAUUUUAUUGAAGUUUUAUUUGAUUAUCUUGAAAUGCGUGUCCUGCUGCUACACAUACAGUAUGACCUUAUAGCAGUUCAGACAGAUCCCAUCAUGAUGUCAUAGAGCAAGGAAUAAAAAAAGAAGAUAUCCUGGAGAUGAUGAUCAUGAUGUCAGAGAACAAGAAAGACAAUGGACAGUGAGCCAGGCAGCUAAUCAACUCGUCAACUCAUCAACUUGUCAACUCAUCAACUCACCAGUUCCCAAAUCUGUCCAAGAUACAGAGUGCCAAUCAUGUGGUCUCUACCUCUCCUCCGUCACACUGAUGUCCCACAACGAGUGACGGAGAACUUUAUCCUGUCAGGAUAUCGCUUCCCUGACUACAGCCUCCUACAGUGCCUGGUCUCCGCGUUUCGCCCCACCAAUGAGACCGGAAACUUCUGGACGCACUUUCUCCCCAUUUUCCUCUUCACCUUCCACUUUGUAGAGAUGUUUGAGUGGGAAGGUGCACCGACCCCUGGAGACCCCUUCUUCUACCCCGCCUGGACCUACUUCAUCGGGGUCUUCUACCUGUUGCUGGCCAGCAGCAUGGCCCACCUACUGAACUCCAUGUCGCUGAUCAUCCGGGAGAUCUGCUUUUUUGUGGAUUAUGGAACCAUUAGUGCGUACACCGUUGGCUCCUCCUUGGCCUACUAUUACUACAUUCACCCACAGGCAGGAAUACCAAAGAUUGCGGUGUGGGCACAGAAUGCGUCUGGGUUACAGACAGAGAGUGGAGAGGAGCCUUUGUCACAUGUCUCUUCUACCUCCUCUUCUUCAUCUUUCUCCUCUUCAGUCUCUGCCCUGCUUUUCCGUGCAUUCUUUGAGAACUUGUACAUUCCCUGCUCCUGCCUGAUAGCCAUAGUCUGCGUGAUAACCUGUUGCAACACCAGACAGCGCUGGAGAAAGUACCGCUACGCAGUGCGUACCCUUGUCUUCCUCCUGCCCUUCUUCAUCUCGUCCACGCCAGUCUUCUACCGCCUCCUCAGCCCAUCUCCGUACCCUGUACCCUCUUCUUCAGUGAGCUCCUCUUCCUACCCGUCCUCCACAAUGGCUGCCUUCUUCUUCCGCCACUGCUUCUGGCUGGUGGUGUCAGCAGUCUUCAACAUCAGCAAGAUCCCAGAGCGGCUGUCUCCGGGGAAGUUCGACAUCUGGGGCCACAGCCACCAGUGGUUCCACUGCUGCACUUUCUUGUCGAUCCUUGAUGAGCUCCAUAUGAUCAAGGUGGAGAUACGGGCCCUCUUGCUCCAUCCUUCUCUAGUUCUGGCCCCUGUGGUGGCUCCACAGCUUCCCGGGGCCACAGCCUGCUCCACGUAUGGUGUGAUGAUGGUGCUGCAGGGGUGCAUAGCCUCUGUUAUUGCUGGGUUUGGCUGGAGUGCUUACCAAAUUUAUGCUCCCCAGCAGAAACUGCUCAAGGAGCAGUGAGAAGAGCCAUAGAUUGCAAUGUUUGAGUUAUGUUUUUAUUUUUUUUUGUUGAAUUUUGUUGACUGAAUUAAUAUUAAUUAUAGAUACUUUUAUUCACUUUUAAUCACACAGAGGUCACCUUGAUUUUUUUCUACGAUUCCUGGCCAUGUCUUGGCUGGCCACAGUUGAGGCCACUUUAUAUCUAUAUAUUUGAUGAUCAUUGAUUGCACACAGCUGCAUUUGUACUCACUGGUCAUGAUGUAUAUUGUCGCACCAUAAUAGGCUUUUUGGGGACUCUUUAUUUUUAAUUUUUUUGUUUUUACUGAAUGUCAGCAAAUUGGCUCAGCCAUUUUUAUCUCUGGGGGAAAAGUUGUGCUUACAGGGCAUUUGAAGAUGAGCUGCUAAUUCCAUCCCAAGUGGGUUCUGCUAGUACAGGACAGCAUGAAACGCUUUCAGAGGUUCCUUGGGGGGGUGCAUGAUAUCACACUAAUGUGUUUAGUUGGUAUCGCUCUCUCUCUCUCUCUCAGCCUCUUGCUCUGGCAGUUUGUCUCGCUUACUGAUACACAACACACACACACUCACUCACUUCCUCCCUCUAGCUUGUGAACCCUUUAAACAGGAAGUGAAGGAGCCGACAAGCUCAAAUUGCUUCGACCACAGUCUUUUAGAAUAGAGGAAAUGGGAGGGGAGCGAUUGAUGCGUUGUAUACAACAGAAUACGAACAGUAUCAUGCCCUCUGGGCCCAUGUUUUAAAAACAUAUUUCUGUUCAUAGAAAUGUCAGUUUGCUGAGAGCUGGGUAAUAUGUGGAAAUGUGUACUAUGAGCUGUACUAUGCUACUGAGCUGUCGUUAUCAAUUCUAGACUUGAUUCUUCUUGAGAUACUUUCAUGACAAACACGUCUCUAGUUCUACAGUACUGUAACCUAUGCAUGGCUCUUGAUUGUACAUUAGGUGUAAGUAUAGAUUAGGAUAUAUUAAGAAGGGGUUAUUUUUAAUGUUAUUGAGGAUUAAACCUUGAAUGUUGGAUGGAGGAAAAGUAAAAAUGAUGAAAAAGAAGAAGAAGAAAAAAAGAAAAAGAAGAAGCCAUAACAUUGCUUACUAGACAUAUCAACAUGAUCUCAGCAGGGUUACUGACCCGCUGAUUAGCUGAAUUUGCACUCAGCCGACCAGAUGAUUUCAGGAAGUGGUGUACUAAAGGGCAUUUCAGUGAAUUAUUUAAGAGUGUUGUUGCAUUAAUUAUUAAUCCAUUAAUACUGUUACUAGUUCAUUCCCUUCGUACAUGACAGUCUGUCUGUCUUUUUCUGUACACAUUACUUUUGCCCAUGUCACCAUCACUUACCUGCAACAGCUGGUUCUGAAUACUACUUGAACCUUUCUGUAAUGGUAUAAAAUAGUGUAAGAAAUGCCACUGUGACGACUAAGUGCUUUUGUUGUGAGGUUUUCAGCACUGGACUUGUUUCAGCCUGCAUUGAGCAAGAAUUCCAGUGUAGGAGUGCAGGCCUAGGAUCAGAUUUGUUUUUUGCUCACUUAUCUGAGUCAGGAAAUGUAAAAAUAUAUAAUAAUAUUGAAAGAGAAAAUGAAACAAUAAAGAAAAACAAGAUCCAGAGGCAAAACUCUUAUACUGAGAUUCUUCCUGAAUACAGGUCGUAUUUGAAACAAUAUUUUCCCCAGUGGGUAAACAGUUACUGGAUAGCAUGUUAUUGAGCAUUCUGCCAUAAAGCUAUCACAGUCCCAUUAUAAGCCAUGGCACACAGCACUUUUUAUCCAAUUUCGGAAAUCUGUUGUCAGUCUUUGAAAUAAUGCUUUGUACCAUUGUGAGGUAAUUUUUUUGUGUUCACAUACGUUGUCAUGUUACGUCCUAGGAAUGCAUCUAUCACUAUGGCACGCUGCUUUAAUAUUUAAUGGUGGUAGUAUAAUAAUCACUAUAUGUUGACCCUGUUUACAAGUUUACACCUGGUCAAUUCAUGCAUCUUGCAUAUUAGCAUUGUAUCUGGAUUAGGCCAAUGCACAUCAAGUGCACAAAAAAGUGUAAACACAUCUAAGAUGCAUUUAAAACAUAUCUUAUCUGACAGAAAUCUGAUCACUCCAACCACUUCCUCAAUGAAAUCUCUCUCUAUUUCACAUACCAAACUGUAAACUUUCACAAAUGCAGAUUAAAGUUGCAGAUUAAACUCCUGCUACAGCUAUAGACAGGGUCAUUGCUUAGUUAAUCAGUCUAAACAGUUGUUCUCUUUCGGACUGGACUGCCAAAGCUGUUGUAUUUUCCUGACACAGUUUAAAGAAACUCAUAACAGCAUAUUACUACAUUUGCAAAUUGUAAUUCAGCAAUAAUAUUUUGCACAACACUGGAAAAGGCAGAACUGACAGCUUUAGGUCUGACUAGCCAGAUACACAUUUAACUAAUAAGUGUAAAUUAAAUGCAAGUGGAUAAAAUCCACAAGUCACAUGAAGUGACCAGGUAUGAACAGGGUCUUUGAAUAUUCAGAAUGACAACUUAGGAUCUCUAAUUGUAAAGUAAAUUAGUAAGAAUGGCAUGAAAAGAUAUUUCAUGAUGUAAUGAUGUAAUUGGAUCGGCCAUUUAAAACCUCACAAACUAUGCAUAAUUUUUAUAAGCUAAAGAGAUAAUUAUUAACUUAAUUCUAACUAGCCAAAAUGAUUAAAACCAUUUUAGACUCGAAUUAUGAAAAAAACAACAAUGCAUUACAUACCUUUGAGGUGCGUCUGGGCUGUCUUAACCAUGGAUUGCAGAAUUUUGGUAGGCUAAAAUGACCUUUUUACAGAAUAGAAUGAUCAUAAACUAGCUUAGAAACUUCAUUUUUUUUGAAAGCUAGUUAGUGUAGGGUUUAGAAAGUGUUGAAAAUGUCACUUUUCAGGGUAGAAUAAUGCUAAGCUAACAACCUAAAAUCUAGCAUAGUCAUAACUGCUAAGCAAGCAACAAUAAUGAACCUAACAUAGGCCAUAAGCGCUAGCUAGCUUGCUAGUUAGUAGCUAACUUGUUUCUAACUAGCUAGCAUAACAGUGCCCUGACUUCUCUUGCUGAAGACAAUAGACCACAUUUUUCACUUGUUAGCUUCUCUUGCACACAAUAUGCUGCUACAACACUAAACACCAUGCUUAAAACACAGUAGUCAGAUGUUUAUCAAUGUUUAUCAGACUAACCAGACAUUGCUAACAGGGAGUUUAGGGUCAGCCACAAUCGAUGCUAAUUGCUAAUAUCUAUACUUUUAAGAUAUCUAAAAUGCAAAGCCAUCAAGCAGUUCUUUUUAAAUAUUUUAUAACGUACAUUUAAAAGAUCCUUCAUAUUAAUAAUGAAUACAAUUCUGGAUAUCUUCAAUUUGAGUUUCCAUACAAAUUGUCAUUCUCAGUAGUCAAAUAGAAUUUCUUAUAAAAGCAAUACAUCCAGCCAUACAUAAGUCGUUAUUCUGGUCACAUAAAUGAAUGUUAAAACAGCUUGCCAUACUGUGACAGCUUUAUGACAGUCCUAUCAGUAACUGUUACUGUAGGUACAUUUGCACAUUUGUCUAAAAGCCUAGUCAUUUUGAAAAUGGACGUAUGAGUUCGCUUUGUCCGUCUGUAGAGUUUGAUUCUGACUGUGCCUGCUAUGUUUGUGUCAUUAACGUAUGGCUGUGUGUAGAUAUGACUCAGUGGUGAGCGAGGUGAGCAAGUCUUUAUUGUGCACAGAAGUCGAAUAGUUUAAUAUCUGCCUGUCGUCUGUUACUCAUACUCCUCUAGCUUUAGAAUAGCUUUAGAAUAGCAUUAGCCCUCAAUCAGUUGCUGUACAUAUUGAUGGGGGCUUAUUUCUGAGAGAAUCGCAUUGCAUUGCAUGUCCACAACCCUUCAAAAGUUUGAAAAGGUCACAUGAUGUCAUAUGAUUGACAUUAUUUUUGUUUUAUAUUCAAUAUAAAAAAAACAUAUUGUGAAUUUCAAUAGUUUAACAUCACUGUAAAAUGUAUUUUUGGAUGUUGGAAAAACAAGAAAUGAUACAAUCCUGAACAGUUUGAUGUAGUUCUAUUUUUAAAAUAGAACUUGAUGCAAGAUUUGACCCACAUUUUUCAAACACGAGGCAUUUUCUUUGUUUUCUGUGUAUUUAUUUAUAUAUUUAUCAUAACAAAUACAUGAUUUACAGUCAUCUUACACCCAUCUACAGCUCUGUCUGUAAUUCUGGCCUCUUCUAAAUGUUUCCUACUAAUUAUCUGAAGUCUGUGAGAACACACAGUAAUUAAUAGUACAGACCUAUUAAUUAUUAAUCGUUUUGCACACUUUUCUGCAAUGAGGUUUAUUUUACUUCAAAUCCUAACUAAAAAUGUUUGACUUGUAAUGAAUGGAAAAAAAAAUGCUCUCACAAAAAUGUGCUGACUUGAUGUGAUCUGCCUGCACUACAAUGAUAUGCCACAUGUCAUGGGAUAUGAACCAGUGUCAUGCCCCAUGACUUUUGUCACAUCUCAUGAAAGAAUACUGCACUGACCUGGAUAUGCGGGAUAUGUUCAUGGGGCCUCCUGCAUUGAAUAUGGAUGUGAUUGACACAUCCAUAUGGACAGUUCUAGCCUGGUGUCGCCGGUCAUGAUCAUUACCACCCGUUAUUACUGCACUGUCCACUGUGGGUGGUAAUGAUGUGGAUGGUAAUGGUGUAUAUUCCCAGUACACAUGUGACCCUGUGGAUCAAGGAAUGUUAAUUCCACUAUCAUUCCUCACUUGAACUCGAAUAUUGUAAUUCACGUAUUUAUUUGCUUGCUAUGAGCAUGCUGCCCAAUGCUGCCUCCCUCACAAGAUAAUACCUCACAGCUUAUACAGGUGUGGGUGUUUCCAACGGUGAGAUGAGUCAGAUGAGUUCAGAUCUAUCAGAAUACUUUAUGAUCAAUUUAGCAGUACUGCAUGCUUUUAUCCCAUGACUUGAGGCAUAUCUUAAGUACCUCAGGCGAUGAUAUGGCAAUUUUAUUAUGUAUCUAAAUGAUUUAUGAUGCAUUUUUUGUGCAUCAUAAAAAAUGAUCACAUCACAUUACAUCACUGAGAAGGAGUUUGUGGGUGUGUGUAAGAGCCAGCACUGCGUAAAAAGGCUCCAGCGAUAAACGCACAGCAUUCUAUUGACUUUCCAAACAGGAUGCAUCUGCUUAGAAAGACUUUCCUUGUUUUUUUGUUUCCAGAACAACUGGCAUAGCUAAUGCAUUCGAUAUGGUUGUACAGAGAGCAUCAUCUCUUGUGGCGCUGCUUUUUCUCUUGUACUGCUGUUAUUAUUAUUAAUAUUAUUAUUUUAAAGUAUGUGAAAAUAAUGCAGAUGGACACCUAUACCUAUACACCUGUUUGCAUGCACCUGCAUCAAUUAACACAGAGAACACUGGCAACACAGAACAAUAAUACAAAAAUUCUCAAAAAAGGGAACACCAGCUUAACCUCUGAAAUAACAUUUAUAAAAAAUAUUUGGUGCUCGGCUGGAGUCCUUAUUGGUCUGCAUUACUCAAUAAAAUGUGUAAAAAAAAAAAGAUACAGGUCCAUCAGACAUCUGUCGGUCCAAUACGGUUGUUGUAUAUCAAAGUGUAAAUGGUCACUUUUAUCAAGCUCACAUCACAACAGAAAUAGUUUCACUAGUUUUAAACUUAAACUAGACUGGAAGAGUUCUAGCUCUCAGGGUUCAAUAAGAGAAUAGACUAGGAUAGGAUGGUGGUCAGAAGUCACUGGACACGCUCUACUACGCUCUAUGACUGAUUUGGAAUCAGUCUUAUUUAUGAUUUACGUUUGUAGAUCAUCAUAGUUCUAUCUUAAUUACUGAGAUAUAGAAGGUUAUAUAACUUAAGGUAAGAUUUGAUAUUAAGAAUAUUGUAUGGGUAGAAUUUCCUUUUCACUGUAUCAAGAGAUUAUAUCAGAACUUAAUAAAUUAAUAAAUUGAAAAAUUGUCA